AGAAAAAAAAGAAAAAGAAAAACGAAACAAAAUUAUUACGAGUCAAACCUGUGACCCAAUAACGCCAUUGACGACGAUUUCAUUUCAUGAGUGGCGGUUGCCGUUGCCGUUGCCGUUGCCAGAAUACACCGACGGAGCUCCGGUCACUCUGUCAAAUGAGAUUCGGUCAACAUUUAUAAAUAAUUCAGUAUUAUUCGGGUCUGGUCUGGAUCUGCCACCCAUCAGUCGUCCGGUCAUCGGGGGAAUUGACGAACUAAGCUGAUUGAUCUUCGAUGGCGGACUCGUAGAAAAGCUUCGUGACAAUGGCGGAGCAAAGGACCGAGGAUGAUAGCUCAACGAAGGAAGGCGGAGAGGUGGAGAAGGAGAAACAGAAGAAGAAUAUGGAUCGGGAACUUCUCAGCUGCUUGCUCCAACCUACAAGUAUUGGUGUUGAUCCGGACUAUAUUGGCAUGCGUCGUCUCUUGCUCCAUCGGAAGGCUGAAGCCGCGGUUCUUCGUCGGAAAGACUGGAAGUGCAAUGGAAAAGGUUAUGUGGCAUUUCGCAAUUACAUACGCCGGCCAAGGAAUUGGGAAAGCUCGCGUAUACCAAGUCUUCAAAGCACCCCCGGAAACAGUGGAAGAUGGAUUCUUCCUCCAAGUUCGAUCUCUGCCUUGCAUGAGGUGGAGAGCUGGAGUUCUAUCAAGGACUUACAGAGUCAACGAAGAUCAAGUUUUAGCUCAAAUGCAAGUGAUAACAGUCAGCUACAUACUCGUAGAACUGAAUUUGCAUAUUCUUUUGUCGGAAUGCAUUGUAUAUUUGAUCAAUGCAAAGUUGCUGUUACGGUUUUGAAGUUUGGGCACAUGAGCUCUGAUCUAUUAGCAUAUGGUGCAGCGGAUGGGUCCUUGACUGUAUGCAAUGUCUCUGAACCAUCUUCAACCGUCAAGCAUUUGCUGGGCCAUUCAAAAGACUUAACAGACUUUGAUUUUUCAUCGAAUAAUCAGUACAUUGCAUCAUCGUCCAUGGAUAAGACCGUUAGAGUAUGGGAGAUAUCAAGGGGAAUUUGCAUUAGAGUAAUCUAUGGAGUAUCUUCACAACUGUGUAUACGUUUUCAUCCGGUAAAUAACAACUUCCUCUCAGUUGGCAAUGCAAAUAAGGAAAUCACGGUGUUUAAUUUCAGCACUGGGAGGAUUGUGACAAAAUUAGUUCUUGAUAGUGAGGUUACAUCCAUGGACCAUGAUCACACUGGUCAGAUCCUUUUCUGUGGAGACGGAAAUGGAUAUGUUUACUCUGUGAGCAUGAACUCUCAUACAGGAGCUUUAUCCCGUGCUCACCGCCAAUGGUGUAGUAGCCGGCGCAAAUCUCCUGUAUGUACUGUACAAUAUCGAAGCUUCUCUCUGCUGGCCAGGGGCCCUGUAUUGCUAACUUGCACUCAAGAUGGGAACUUGUCUUUCUUCAGUAUUGCUUUGGAAGUUCAAGGAUAUUUGACCCUUCGUUGCUCACUCAAAUUAGCUCCAAGGAUACAUAGCAUCCGUGCUUCAUUCUGCCCCCUACUCUCCCUGGAAAAAGGAGAGUACAUUGUUGCAGGAAGUGAGGAUUCAAAUGUCUACUUCUAUGAUUUGACACGACCCAAACAUACUUGUGUCAACAAGCUCCAGGGCCACCAGUUUCCAGUCAUUGGGGUUGCCUGGAACCAUGGGGAGAAUCUGUUGGCUUCGUCAGAUCUUUAUGGGACGGUAAUUGUAUGGAAGAGAUCAAAGAUAAGUUAGAAAGACAUGUGUGAAUAGAUUUUGGAAAUGGCUCUGUUGAUUAAUGAACAUCUUUCUUCUCCAUUUUGCUCCCAUGUUUUUGUCGUUCUUUUAUCAACUUCAGUUAAUCAUCAGUAUCUCAGAGAGUGUUUUUUUUUCUUCUUUUUAUCCUUUUUAGCUCAUUAGUUUUAGAAAGGGGAGUGAUCAUAUUCUGAAUACACCUCUGUAAUUACAAUGUAGCAAAAUAUCAUAUUGUUGAAGUUUUGAAGUGAGUAAAUAAAUGCUAUUGAUUUACAGUGUUCAA